AUUAGCUUGCUUAACGAAUAGGAACAUCCCCUUAAACCCUUCUGGACUUUCACGCGAAUCCUUUAUCAUAUAGAAGUCAUGGCAGAUCAAGGGUCAGAAGGGCAAACGGAGGCAGGAGCAGGUGAAGUGAUGUCUAAAAAAGCAUUGAAGAAACAAGCCAAGCAGGCAAAGAAAGAUGAACGAAAGGCCAACGUUGCCUCUAAACUUGAAGCAGAAGCUGCAGCACGAGAUGCACAAGACGUGUCUAAAGAUUGCUAUGGUAAUUUGCCAAUGGCUCAGUCCCAGGAAAAAACAGAUAGAGUUUGGUCUCACAUAAAGUACCUUGAUUCCAGCAAAGUUGGACAGUCCGUCCUAGUACGUGGACGCCUUCAUGCUAGCAGAGCUACCGGUAACAUGUGUUUCCUUGUCCUCCGAAGUCAGCAGUACACAGUACAGGCAGUUACUGCUGUUGGUCCAACUACUAGCAAACAGAUGGUCAGAUAUGCAUCAAAUGUUUAUAAGGAAUCUAUAGUUGAUCUGGAGGGAACCGUGUCUGCAGCUCCUGAAAAGAUAACAGGCUGUUCGCAGCAGGAUGUUGAGUUAGUGGUUAAUAAGCUAUUUUGCGUCAGUCGCUCUGAGCCGCAGCUGCCAUUUCAACUUGAAGAUGCCAUGAGGCCAGAGGGAGCAGAAGAGGAUGGGCCACAGGUACGUGUCAAUCAGGACACUCGUUUGGAUAAUAGAAUCAUUGAUUUGAGGACUGUGACUAAUCAGGCCAUUUUCCGUGUUGAGGCAGCAAUUUGUCGCCUUUUUAGGAAUUAUCUAACGACGCAAGGAUUUGUGGAAAUACACACGCCAAAAAUAAUAUCAGCUGCAAGUGAAGGUGGAGCUAAUGUAUUUGAAGUCUCAUACUUUAAAGGACAAGCCUAUCUUGCCCAGAGUCCUCAGCUCUACAAGCAAAUGGCAAUUGCUGCAGAUUUUGAUAAAGUUUUCACCAUAGGUGCAGUUUUUCGUGCUGAAGAUUCAAACACUCACAGACAUUUAUGUGAAUUUGUUGGGCUCGAUCUUGAAAUGGCAUUUAAUGAGCAUUAUCAUGAGGUGAUUCGUGUUAUUGGGGAUAUGUUCAUUGCAAUAUUCAAAGGCUUACAGGAAGAAUGUCAGAACGAGAUCUCUACAGUCAAUCAGCAGUUUCCAGCUGAACCUUUUAAAUUCUUAGAGCCAAGCCUUGUCCUCACAUACAAGGAGGGGAUUCAAAUGCUGAGAGCAGCUGGUACUGAUAUUGGAGACGAAGAUGACUUGAGUACUCCUAAUGAGAAGCUAUUGGGAAGGUUGGUCAAGGAGAAGUAUGACACUGAUUUCUAUAUUCUUGAUAAGUAUCCUUUGGCUGUUCGUCCAUUCUACACUAUGCCAGAUCCUCACAGCUCCAUUUAUUCAAACUCUUAUGAUAUUUUUAUGAGAGGCGAAGAGAUAAUGUCUGGAGCCCAACGUAUCCAUGAUCCGGAGUUUUUGACUGAAAGAGCAACACAUCAUGGAAUUGAUUUGCAGAAGAUAAAGUCAUAUAUUGACUCAUUCAGGUUUGGUGCUCCACCUCAUGCUGGAGGAGGCAUAGGUCUGGAGCGUGUGUGCAUGCUUUUCCUUGGUCUCAACAACAUACGGAAAACCUCUCUCUUCCCUAGGGAUCCCAAACGUCUGACCCCUUGAGGAGGCUGAACGGGGUACGUGAAUGGUACUAGACUGAGUUUAACUAUUAAUUUGACAAUAGUCAUUCAAUUAUAAUAAUAAUAAUUAUUAUUAUUAUUAUUAGUAGUAGUAAUAAUAAUGAUUUAGAUAUGUUAUAAGUAAAAUGUGCUCUAACUUUAAA